AUUGCAGGUAACGAGUUCGACGACAGAGCUGCUGUAUAUUUCGCCAAUACGAUCAUGAACACCAAGACACUAGAAUCUAUCAACAUGAGUAAGAAUAAUUUUGGAGAAUCUGCUGGGAUUGUUUUUGGGCCAGCUAUAUCAGAGAACAGUUGUAUUAAAGAGUUAGAUUUAAGUUGGAAUAAUAUUAGAAGACGAGGAGCUGUUAGUGUGGCCAUGGGACUCAAGACGAAUGUAUUUAUGAAGAAAUUAAACCUAUCAUGGAAUGGUUUUGGUAUAGAAGGUGCCUUUGCUAUGGGGGAUUCUUUAAAGGGUAAUUCAGUUUUAGAAGAGUUAGAUAUAUCGAAUAAUCGUAUAAAUACAGAAGGAGCUGUAGUUUUAGCUAAAGGAAUAGCUGUAAAUGAAACGCUCAAAGUUUUAAAGGUAGGUCAAAAUCCAAUGCAAUCAGCCGGUUGCUGGGGAAUUUGUGCCGCCAUUUUGAAGAAUCCUACUUGUAUUUUAGAAGUACUAGAUUUUACGGAUAUUCUGGUAAACAAUGAUUUUAACGAGAUUUUCGCAAAAGUACAAGAACAACUGCCUGAACUUAAGAUGAGACACGGUGGAAUGGAGCCGCCAUUGAAACCGAAAGCACGAGUCCAUCCCAUGGUCAAAUUACAUAGCUAUAUCCAAAAGAAUAACCUACGACUGGUGGAUUUCUUUAAUAAGUUCGAUAAAGACAAGAGUAUGAGCGUGACACAUGAAGAAUUUCUUACUGGUUUAGUGGUAAGUCGGCCAUUUUGA